AUGGCGUCUGAGGCGCAUCUGCAGAGGGUGCUGUCGGUCAAGAUGUGGCGGUUUCUCGUGACCCUCAUCGAGGACAUCGCCAAUCAGCUGGAUGUGAGCAAGGGAGGAAGCGGCAAGGAACGUGGCUUCACUCAUGCAUUGCCAUGUCGUUGUCGUGUCGAUCAGGCUGACUUUGCUUCCUUCGUCCAAGCCAUCAAGGCAAUGCGGCCGUCUGCCAGGAGUCCAUCCAACCAGCCGACGAGACAACCAUCCGCCACCCGUCUGCCCAUCUUCCCCCCGGACAUCGACCCCGCCCAGCUGGUACUGCAGCACUCCCCGUCGCCCUACCACCGAUUCGCCGGGGCACGUUUGCUCCCUGCUGACGGCCUCAUGCGGCUGCUGGAGCUCUUCCGAGUCGACAAAGGGCCGAUCACCGCAGCGGGCUCCUACACGUGGGACAUGUUCCUCGACGAGUAUUUGGCUGCUGACUGUGCACUGGGAGAGGGAGAGGGCCACAAGCGUCCUGGCUCAUUCACCGUGAGCGGUGCCACAGGCUCACUCGCGGCCCUCAACGGCAGCUAUGUCAUCCGCCCCACAGCCGAGGAGCAGACGACGCUCGUGGCGCCGCCGGAUGGCGCACUCGCCUAUGUGGGUGAGGGGAUUGUGUUCGAGCGCCUGGUUGCCCCGACCGAUGAGACGACCCCAGUCGAUACGAGAGUCGUGUGGGUGGCGUACGAGCCAGCGACUGCCCAGCGAUCGGCCCCUCGCCUGCUUGCCGUCGGUCCCGGCCGCAACGGCCUGCCCUUUGGGUCGUUCCCAACGCACCCGGCUGUUUCAUCGCCCGCUUUCGAGACGGAGCAGUUCUACACUGUUGAGGGAGCUCAGCUCGUUCCGAUCGAUCCCAUCUACAUUACCGCCGCCCUCCCACUCGACUUUUACGUCCCGCGUUCGAGGUUCGACCCGACAACACUUGAGGUCGAUCCGAUAUUGUCCAUGCCUUCCCGCGCAUCCAUAGCCUGUGCCGCCAUCGGCGACUAUCUCGAUGCCCUGCCAGGGUCAGACACCCAGCCCGUGGCCUACUACCUGCUCGAUUGCGUCGUGAAAAGACUUCCGCGUUCUGUUUAUGACCCCGAGCCUCUCUUCCCUGAUUUGCCGACAUGUCAGCCUGUUCCCGUCAGCAAGCGGCCCUUGCUCGUGCGCGAUGGUGAGGCAGAUAUCCGUCGCGGGCCGUGGGGCUUGAUGCGUCUCUCGGACGACGCGGCGCGACGACCCUUCACGCAGUGGCCCACCAUUGCACUAGUUAGCCUGAUGGGCGCUGGUGGGUCAGUCGAUGAGCCGUUCAAAGGCGGGCUGGUUGCUGUGGUGCGGUCGGAGCUCACGAGCAGUACCACCUGCAUGGGUGGGUGUGGUGCCCGGCCGGAUGUGGGCAGGCCAGCCGGCGAUAUGCCCUUGGUGCACACUGUCGGAGGCACGACCGCUGAGCAGGACCUCGAGUACCUGAGAACGACAAAGGGCGUGUGGACGUGCUGGGGUGACUCGCUGGACAAGCUGGUCUGCGGCAAUUGCUGGAACGAGAGAAUUUGGGGCAUGACGAGGUCCCUCCUCAGUAGCUUCAUCGCCGACCUUGCUGAAAGGUCCGAAGAUAUGAGCCAGCCAGCCAGCCACUCACUGAUCCUGACGUGCCUUUCACUCAUAAAUGUGUUGCUUGAUGCGUGUAGGGACGAUGACGCGUCGAGCGCCGAUGCUAGUGGCGCAGGUGGUGACGCGGGUCUGACUACUCGUCCAAACACGAGGCAAGAAAGCACUCGAGAACACGUAACCCGCUCUCGCAGAACCUGUCUCUCCCUUUCGUCUCUUCGCAGUGGCAUUGCUACGUCUUCCGCGAGGUUGCUGCUCGCAGCGUCCCCGAUGUCCGCCUCUGGCAUCCAGCAGGGCAUCUCAGCCGCCAGCGCAUCUGCAGCCGCGCCGUCAAUCCCUCUCACCACGCAGCGGCAGCAGCCGGACACGGGCCAAGCAGACACCGGCCCCGCAGCGUCGUCUGCAUCAGAGGCCGGCCCGGUCCCUGCCAAAGACAUGUCGACAGCCAUGCCCCCAAGCAUGCCUCCGCAAGACACUGCCCGAGAUGAGACCACUCUUUGCCACGCAUCCUCACCAGAGGCAGGGGGUGACCCAGUCGGCAUGAAGGAGGGGUCCAAAGCGGUGCCUCAGGCCUCGUCAGCUGCUAUGGAUGCCAGCGGCUCCGUGAGCAUCGAGUCGGCCUAUGGCAACACUCAGUACGUCAGGGACCGGCUGACACGGGAGGGUCCAUGGGAGUGCGGUGUGGACCUGCGAGCGGUCUUCGAGGAGCUCGCCCAGAAAUUCACGGACAGUCCCUUCGGGCCUGUCUUCAGACUGAAACGCAUUAUCGUUCGCCAGGUCGGUGUGUGUGUGAAAUCUGCGAUGGCUUCCACUCAGAUCACAUGGACGUACCUGUGUGCGUGUGUUUAGGUGUUGGAGUGUGUGCAGCUCGAUCAGCUGUCUGAGGCGCUGACUAACGUCGGCAGCAUCAGGCCACUGGAGGAGACGGCUGCCAUUCUGCACGAGGAGGCCAGGCUGAUCUGGGGCAGCGUGCAGUAUCAGACACUCUUUUCCCACCUCGUGUGGUUCACCAUCAUGAUGGUCUUUAAAGUCAUCGCCGCGCAGAUGGAGGUCCGUUUCAUGCACUGACACGACGCAUACGAGUGUGUGCAGCGAGCCAGGCUGACUGUCUGUUCUUCUCUGCCUGUCUGGCUACCUCUGUGCUGUCAGGGAGAUGGUGUGGCUUUCGUCAAGGCGAUGCAAGACAUUCGCCGCCGCAUUCAAGAGCAAGGCGCCUCGAGCACAGCUGACGCCACCCUCCCGCCCCUCCCCGCCGCAGGCGACAACUUCUAUGACUUCGCCCGUCAGGCGGUGGCCACCCUGACGCAACAAGGGCCGCCCGAUUACACAUACGUGGAGACUCACCUGCGGACACUUGUCGACGCUGUCGCCACAGCUGACCCGAUUCGAGAUCUUCUGUUUUUCUUCCAUCUCGCCCAAGGUCCUCUGAAGUCGCCGACGCAGGGCGGCACAGAGGGGGAGUCUGCGUGGCACGCGACGUAUCGUGGCUACUUCGACCAGUGCCGCAUCGUGGCCCCCACGGGCGGUCGGCGGCACGGCAGCUUCGCUGUGAGCGGCGCUCCGGUCAUCAACGGUACCUACCUGCUCCGCCCGACAGAGGAAGAGCAGAAGACGCUGCUUUGGACUCAUCCGGAGACUAUCGCCUACGUGGGCAAGAAGAUGGUAUUCGAGCGGCUGGUCUACCCGCAAGCCGACGGCAACAUGGGAGGACUCUGGAUGGCACACUCCCCGUCCACGGCCGAUCGAACCAGGGUGCGCAUCAUCGCCUUCGGACCCUUCAAGGACGACUCAGUCAGCAGCCGCAACCCCUUGCUCAGCCACCCCGCUGCGGCCAACCCCGCCUUCGAGACGAGCGAGUGGUUCGCUGUCGACCAGGAGGGGCACAUCAGCAGACUCGAUGGCGUCAAGAUGACCACCACUCUGCCGCUCACUUUCCACGUCCUCCGAUCUUUCCUUGACAAAAUGUCCGGGGCGAUGGCGGAUUUCGACAUAAAGGUGCGCAUGUGGGCCGACACAGCUGAGCCGCUCGAGUCGCUGUACGAUUACUACACCCAUUACCUGGCCGAGCGGGAGGUCAGCAAGGGGGCCGCCUUCCCCAUGGCCUUCUACCUCGAUGCCCAAGUCAUGGAGCGCCUGCCGCCCUCAGCACGGCACAAGGGGCGGCUCACCGAUGCAGGUCAGUCACCUCCAGGUUAUGCAUGCGUGAGCGACGCCGAAACCAUUCUGGUCGAGACGGGGAACAUCCGCCUGGCGGACGAGUACGUCACCAAGGCGUUCACAGAGUGGCCGUUUGCCGCCGUGUUGGCCCUGCUGGCGACCGGAUCGGCCGACUCGCACUGCACAGGGGGGCUGGUGUAUGUCUUGCGGGCCGAGUCGCGGACACAGACCUGUUGUCGGUGCGGCGAGCCGUGUGCGGGCAGCUCAGGGGGCCCAGUGGAUACCAUUCCUCUGACGCACACUCUGCCCAAUGACAACCUGAUGGACGAUGCCAUGGUCGAAAGCGAGAGGCGGUACAUUCGGGCGGCGCCGGCGGGCCUGUGUGUGCAGAGUGCGAUAGGGUCGCUGAUGUGCGGACCAUGUGCGCUGGAUCGCUUUGAGUCGGCGUAUCCGACCAGGUGAGUGACGCGCAACCAGAGUCAAGUGUUUCUGUCCAUAUGUGUGUGUGUACAGGCCUGAUCGUACCCCUGUAGAUGUGCUGGGCACAUUGUCAAGCCUCCUGUCGCCGCCUUCCGACGCGCAGACUGUCCCCUCGCCACAACCGAACAGCGCAUCGAGCAGCAGCACCCCCUCCCGCACCUCCCCUGCCACCAGCAGCAUCUUCCGAGGCAUCUUCACGGCCAAGGACAAGACCAAACCGACACCGCCCAAGCCGACGCCGACCACUCCCAAGCCCAAGCCGACAUCCACCCAGCCAUCCACCCCUCCCAUAGCCGCAUCCACCGUCACGGUUGACACGUCAAGCCAUGAGGGCGACGUGGAGCCGUCACGUGAGUUUCUGGCGAUCGUGAAGGCCUUGCUGCUGCACAAGAGAGGAGAGAGGGACACCAAUCAGUGCGACGCGACACCAGCGCGAGAAGAACGUCGAGCUGGCAUAGGUCGUGCCUCGGCGGCGGCUGUGGACGUUAUCCCCCCGGUGCUGACCUUCUAUGUCCCACGUUCGGCUCUUGACGACUCGACCCAUAAGCCGAAGGUGGUGCUGGUGCGUGACAUGGAUGAACCGAUGGCGUGCGAGUCGCUGGAUGACUACUACACCCAUUAUCUGGCCGAGCGGGAGGUCAGCAACGGGGCCGCCUUCCCCAUGGCCUUCUACCUCGAUGCCAAGGUCAUGGCAGGCGAGCGCCUGCCGCUGUCAGCACGGCACAAGGAGCGGCUCAUCAGCGCUGCCAAAAGGGGGCGGAAGCGGCGUUUGGUUGUCUUCGGCUCAGCGACGCCGAGACAGUACUCAUUGACGGAGGUCGGGUGCGGCUGUCUGACGAGUACGUGA